CUGGCUCAUGGACCGUAGCAGAGCCCAUCUCAGUUGCCUGUUGGAGUAGCCCACCCCUCUCUGCAGUAUGCAUGUUCGCCAGGGGAUCCGCGACGCGCUCACGUCCCAGCAGCACAGCACUUCACCGGUCAGAGGCCAUCUGCUCAGGAGUCAGCGAUAACCCAGUUGGAUGUGGCAGGCGAAGCGGAGGCGGAAAGCGCGGUGACCGCAGGAACAGACAGUUACUACAGCCUGCCUCUCUCCUCUGAACGUGGACAAUCAUGCAUGUGCUCUUCUGGGGCUUGGGCUUCCUGCUGUUCCCUGAUUUCUUGAGUGUUGUCUCGUCCACGGGGAGAUUGCUUUGGAGUUCAAGCACAGAGAAAGGGAAAUUUGGAGCAUAUGAGAUUGUAACACCAGUGCGGGUGAAUGAAUCCGGUGACAAGUUUCCAACUACUGCGCACUUCAAAAGGAAAAGGAGAAGUUUGGACGGGGGAACCGGUGGCACCGCGGAUCCCUGGGACUCGGCGAAUAUCCACUAUAGGAUAUCUGUGUUUGGAAAAAACUUUCACCUCAACCUCACGCUGGAUUCGGGAUUUAUUGCGCCCAUGUACACCGUGACGGUAUUUGGAGCGGCCCAAGGAGAUAACAGAACGGAUUUUGCAGUAAAUGCAGAAGGAGGAGAGGAGGAAGAUACGGAGUUAAGGCACUGCUUCUAUAGAGGACAUGUGAACGCACAGGCGCAACACGCCGCGGUCAUCAGCUUGUGCUCCGGACUGCUCGGCACUUUCAGGUCUCCAGAUGGGGAGUAUUUCAUGGAGCCCCUACACAGCUAUCAAGGGCAAUACUACGAGGAAGAACACACAAAACCUCACAUCGUCUACAGGAAACGUGAUUCCAAGAAUCAGACGUCUGCAGAAACCUCAGCUUGUGACACUUCAGGACACAAGAGAUUCAACCCCAAGGGGGACAGCGCCAUCUCCCACCCAGCCCCUGCACUCAGCAGCAGUGUAUCUACUGAUCUGGACUCUCUGAAUGCCAGCCUGACCCGUAAUGCUCCGCUCAGAUCAGAGCACGCCACUGCCAGCACCAGACUGUCAAAUGAUAGCAGUGGUGACUCAGGACCUCACAGGAGAUCAAAGCGCUUCCUGUCCUACCCUCGCUUUGUUGAAGUCAUGCUGGUUGCCGACAGCAAAAUGGUGGAACAUCACGGCAGCAACCUGCAGCACUACAUACUCACCCUGAUGUCUAUUGUCUCGUCUAUCUACAAGGACCCCAGCAUAGGCAACCUGAUUAACAUUGUGAUCGUUAAGUUAGUGAUUAUUAACGAGGAGCUGGAUGGUCCAGUCAUUUCAUUCAAUGCACAGACCACUUUAAAGAACUUCUGCAUCUGGCAGCAGAGUCAGAACGUCCUGGAUGAUAACCAUCACUCCCACCAUGACACGGCCAUCCUUAUCACCAGGCAGGACAUCUGCAGAGCGAGGGAUAAGUGUGACACCUUAGGACUUGCAGAGUUGGGAACGGUGUGUGAUCCCUACAGAAGCUGCAGCAUCAGCGAGGACAACGGUCUCAGCACUGCCUUCACCAUCGCGCACGAGCUCGGCCACGUCACAGGAUAUGGUGAGUGCUUGCUUGACGAGCCCGUUUCUAGGCCCUUCAGUCUCUCGCAGCAGCUUCCUGGGAAGAUAUACAGUGUCAAUAAACAGUGCGAAUUGAUAUUCGGCCCUGGGAUGCAGGUGUGCCCCUACAUGACUCAGUGUCGGCGGCUGUGGUGCACUAGCCCAGACAGUGCCCAGCGGGGCUGCAGGACGCAUCACAUGCCGUGGGCAGAUGGCACCGACUGCUCACCUGGGAAGCACUGCAAACACGGCCUGUGCAUAGCCAGAGAGCACAACGCCCUGCCUGUGGAUGGAGCAUGGGGUGUUUGGAGUCCUUUCGGUACCUGUUCACGGACCUGCGGCGGCGGCAUAAAGAUAGCCAUGCGCGAAUGCAACCAGCCCUUGCCCAGGAACGGAGGAAUGUAUUGUGUUGGUCGUCGGAUGAAGUUUCGCUCCUGUAACUCUGAGCCCUGCUCUAAGCAAAAGAAGGACUUCAGGGAGGAGCAAUGUGCUGCGUUUGAUGGCAGGCACUUUAACAUCAACGGUCUACCUCCUAAUGUUCGCUGGGUGCCCAAAUAUAGCGGAAUCCUGAUGAAGGACAGGUGCAAACUGUUCUGCAGAGUUGCAGGCAGCACAGCGUACUAUCAGCUCAGGGACAGGGUCAUCGACGGCACGCCGUGUGGACCCGACACCAACGACAUCUGUGUCCAGGGCCUGUGCAGGCAAGCAGGUUGUGAUCAUGUGCUGAACUCAAAGGCCAGGAGGGACAAGUGUGGCGUGUGCGGAGGUGAUAACUCUUCCUGCAAAAGUGUAGGAGGCACCUUCAACACCACACAUUAUGGCUAUAAUGAAGUCGUCCGAAUACCCAGUGGUGCUACAAACAUAGAUGUACGUCAACACAGCUACUCAGGGAAGCCGGCGGAUGACAACUACCUCGCUAUAUCCAACAGCCGUGGAGAAUUCCUGCUUAACGGAGAAUACGUGGUCAGCAUGUUCAAAAGGGAAAUCAAAGUGGGAGAGGCCGUCAUUGAGUACAGCGGCUCUGACCAUGUCGUCGAGAGGAUCAACUGUACUGACCGCAUCGACGCGGAGAUCGUCAUCCAGGUGCUGUCUGUCGGGAGCCUUUUCAACCCACAUGUCAGGUACUCCUUUAAUAUCCCCAUAGAGGACGAGCCUCAGCUGUUCUUCUGGGAUGCUUACGGGCCCUGGCAGGAGUGCAGCCGCCUGUGCCAAGGGGAGCGGAAGCGGAAAAUUCUGUGCAGCAGAGAAUCGGACCGGGUGGUGGUGUCGGACCAGAGGUGUCAUGGUUCGACUCGACCCGCUGUCAUCACUGAGCUCUGCAACACAGAAUGUGAACUCAGAUGGCACGUGGCUCGUAAGGGCGAGUGCACGGCCCAGUGUGGUCCCGGAUAUCGCACUCUGGAAAUAUACUGCACCAAGUUCAGUCACGCUGAUGGCGAGAUGCACAAAGUUGAUGACCGCUACUGCAGCGGUCAGCGCAAACCUGAUGACAAAGAAGGUUGUCAUGGAGACUGCAACCCUGGUGGCUGGGACUACACGCCUUGGUCUGAGUGCUCCAAAAGCUGUGGUGGGGGAACCCGGCGCCGAGGGGCAAUGUGUCGAAAGGCGUCUGAGGGUAGUGGAGAUGAGAGCAAAUGCAAUCAAAGGGACAAGCUGACUGUCCAAUCGUGCAAUGAUUUCCUCUGUCCACAGUGGAAGACCGGUGACUGGUCUGAGUGCCUUGUAACAUGUGGAAAGGGCUACAAGCAUCGUCAGACGUGGUGUCAGUUUGGCGAAGACCGUCUAGACGACCGCUUCUGUGGCUCGCUCAAACCCGAGUCGGUGCAGACGUGCCAACAGCAGGAGUGUGCUUCUUGGCAAGUCGGACCAUGGGGACAGUGUACUACCUCAUGUGGGCCAGGUUACCAGAUGCGAGCUGUGAAGUGUGUGGUUAGCUCUUAUGGUGCCGUCAUGGAUGACACUGAAUGUAACGCUGCUACAAGACCCACUGAAUCCCAGGACUGCGAGUUAGCCCAGUGUCCUAGCAGCCACCCAGUCACCCCAGGAACUAAAGUCCCUUCUGACCAGGGCCACAAAACCCAAUGGCGCUUUGGUUCCUGGACUCAGUGUAGCGCCAGCUGUGGCAAAGGGACCCGGAUGCGCUAUGUGAGUUGUCGUGACAACCAGGGUGGUGUUGCUGAAGAGUCGGCAUGCGCUCACUUGCCAAAACCCCCAGCCAGGGAGGUGUGCUUGGUGGUGGCUUGUGGGCAGUGGAAAGUGCUGGAAUGGUCAUCGUGCUCCGUGACCUGUGGGCAGGGGAAGACAACACGAGAGGUUCUGUGCGUUAACUUCAGUGACCAGGAAGUAAACACAAACGAAUGUGACGCUGAAGAUCGUCCUGCCACAGAGCAGGACUGUGCCAUGUCUCAGUGCCUGUCCAGUUCCAGUGUGUCCCGACCGUCCUCACCAGACACCAGCACCAGGGGCAACCUGCCCACUGACCAAUCCCAUCAAUGGCGUACCGGACCCUGGGGUGCGUGCUCCAGCACAUGUGCAGGGGGCUUCCAGCGGCGUGUUGUUGUGUGCCAGGAUGAGAAUGGUUACCCGGCCAACAACUGUGAGGAUCGCAAUCGACCCAAUGAGCAGAGAACCUGUGAGUCAGGGCCGUGUCCUCAGUGGGUCUACGGCAACUGGGGAGAGUGUACUAAGACUUGUGGCGGUGGGAUAAAGACGAGGCAGGUGGUGUGUCAUCGUCCAAACGGCGAGCAAUUCAGUGAUCUGAGCUGCGAGAUCCAUGACAAGCCACCAGACCAAGAGCAGUGCAAUACUCACCUGUGUCCUUCGAGUCCUCACUGGAGCACGGACCAAUGGAGCUCGUGUUCUGCCUCCUGCGGAAGAGGCUUCAAGUCCCGUAGGGUGAGCUGUGUGAACGGGUCCGGGCGUUCGAUCCCAGAGGAAAGCUGUCAUCGCUUGUCCUCCAAACCCAGCAAGCAGAAGCGCUGCAAAGGUGGACAAUGCCCCAAGUGGAAGACUGGCAGCUGGGGAGAGUGUUCAGCUUCGUGUGGGGAUGGCCUCCAGAGACGGGAGGUUUUCUGCCAGGUUGGAGAGCGUCGUAGCCCUCUGGAGACCGGCUGUCCUCAUCGCUCCCGGCCGCCGUCCAGCCAGAGCUGCCGCGUCGCAGAUUGUCCUUCUCGGUACCGGUGGAGAGAGGGUGACUGGCAGAUGUGCAGCAAAUCAUGCGGCUCGGGCCACCGAAGGCGUGCGUUGCGUUGUGUGGAUUACAACCAGCAGGAGGUGCAUGAGAUGUACUGUGUGAACCAGAUCAGACCACCAGACAUAGAGAACUGCAACACACAUGCUUGUGAAAUAAUCUGGAUUACUGGAGAAUGGACCAAGUGCUCGGUCAGCUGUGGGCAGGGCUACCGCCAGCGUCUCAUCUCCUGCAGCGAGGUCCACGUAGAGAAUGACAACUAUGAGUACGGUCAUCAGUCUUUGUCCAACUGCCCUGGAACGCCCCCAGAGAGCUACAUGCCCUGUGAUCUGGGUCCGUGCUCUCCACCACCGGAGUGGAGGGCUGGAACCUGGGGACCGUGCUCAGCGAGCUGUGGAGAUGGAGUGAUGGAGAGGACUGUACAAUGUGUGGGGGGAGAAAGUAACAGAUGCUCUGGAGAUGCAAUGCCCAGCACCACCAAAGUCUGCAGCAAUCCAAGUUGCCACCUUCCUUCCAGCUGUCUUGACAUCCAGAGCACGAAUGGUCCCAUUCAGGACAGUGAACACUUUCUUAGUGUUCAAGGAAAAGCUCUCAAGAUUUAUUGUGCAGGAAUGCAGACGGACACACCACAGGAGUACAUCACCUUGGCAACCGGAGAGAAGGAGAAUUUUUCUGAGAUCUUUGGCUUCAGACUCAAUGACCCUACUCAAUGUCCAGCCAAUGGCUCCAGAAGAGAGGACUGUGACUGCCGUCGAGACUACACUGCUGCAGGCAUCACCACCUUCUCUAAAGUUCGCAUAGACCUCAGAAGGAUGCACAUCAUCAGUUCAGACUGGACGUUUGCUUCCACACGGGAAGGCAAAAGUGUCCCGUUUGCAACAGCUGGGGACUGCUAUAGUCUGGCCACCUGUCCACAGGGACAAUUCAGGAUCAACUUGUCAGGAACAGGUUUGAAGGUGGCAGAAAACGCCGCAUGGAUCUCUCAGGGCAACUACGCCGUGGCUAAAAUACAAAAAUCAGAGGAUGGCAGCAGUGUUUCAGGAGUCUGUGGAGGCUACUGUGGGAAAUGUUCUCCUUCCCCCGACAGCAGUCUGCCUGUAACUGUGGAGUAGAUCUCCAACCAUCAGGCAGUGGUCCUUCGGUGCCUGUCUUGUGACCACAUUCCUUCUUCGUGGUGCUACAGCAACCUCCGAGUGCAGACUCGUCUUCCUUUGACUUCACAUGUGUACAGUGUAAAUUAUUCUGGUGUAAGUACUGUAAAUAAAAAUGUCCUUAUUUAUCUUACUCACCAUUUAUUUUUGUAUUGUAAAAUAAUUUAAAGGUUUUGCUGACAAAAGCAAGGACUAAGCCAUUCAUCUGUUUUUCUCACAAACUGCCUUCAAAUACCAGCCUGUUAUUUAACUUUAAGAUUAGUCUUUAAUCCGUGUGUCAAAGCCAUAUUUGUCUUUAUUUUUUCUGUUUUCUUUUCAUCUGUGACUUAUAAUGUGGUUGUGAUGGUCAACGGUCCGUCGGUUCUUAUGCAGUGAGGUGUUUUUGGUCCUCAAGCAGCUUUUGCAGUACUUCAGCUUUCACGUACAGCGCUGUUGCACUUUGUGUUAGCUUCACAUUUCACUGCCUGCCUUAAAAGUACAAUUUCUCUCAGUUUUCUUCUGGCACGUUGUGUUCACAAGCCAGUCGUGUCCACAACCAGGUGUCUGAAGAUGAUUAGACUUCCAGCUGUUUCCUCCAGCUGGAGGCUGCCAUCUAGCGAGGCAGAGAGCAGACUCAUUAGGAGGAGAUUAACAGGGUCAGGUGCAACAAACAUGCCACAUGGAAAGGCCACGUGUGCCUUUGCUGUUUUGACUUUUACUAAACGUCAGCAUCAGGGGGACGAAGUAAACAUAUUCGAUAAAAGAGAUGAUGGGAUGCAACAGUGUAGGAUGUACAGUCCGUAUCUGUUGGGGAUGUUUAGCCGGAUCAAAUUAGACUUUAGGCAUUGCAAACAAGAUCCAAAGGAACAAAUGUUAGAGGUCACAUGAACUGAAGCGUUUUAGCUGAACUGUACAAAACUAACCUGUUCCUAUGUGAUGAAGUCAUUUAUCUUUAAGUUUUAAUAUCAAGCAUACUGAUGAGGCCGUCCCAUCUCCGUAGAGGAAUGAAAGUGAUACUUAGCAACUUUUUCGUAUUUUUAAAUCAUGCAGAGUUCGUGCUUCCAUCAGUUACAGCAAGUGGCCCGGCCCAUCACACUGACACCACUGUGUUUGACUGUUAUGGUGUUCGUUUUUUUUAAAUGCAGCAUUAGUUUUGGACGCAAACCACCCAGAAAGCUCAGCUUUUGUCUCAUCAGUCCACAGAAUAUUCUCCCAAAAGUCUCAGGGAUCAUCAGCAUGUAUUUUUAGUAAAUGUGAGACAGGCCUUUGUGUUUUUAUGGCCGGCACAUAUUUUUGUCUCUAAACUUUCACACGGAUGCCGUUUCUCCACUCAUCUUCUUAUUGUUGAUUCAUGAACAACCUUUAACCUCAACCAAGUGAGAAUUGCGUUCUUUAGAAGUUGUUCUGUGGUUGUUGAUGUAUUGCUUUUUGAGAUCUUGUAGCCUGCUUCAUACAGUCAGAUAGGUUCGUGAAGGGAUUUUGUAAUUCUGCAAGUUUGGAGACUGGCGCCAGCACCAGGCUGGUGGAAUUUAAUUCAGCUUUCCUCACAGUGGGUUAAUAAUGGUGAAUUUAUCAUUUACCAAGGGAGGAAAUUACUUUUUCCGCACAGAGCCAGGUUGGUUUAGAUGAGAUCUUGUGUGCAAAGGGGUACUGAUAAAUCCAUUCCUCAGCUAAAUUCUACCCCCUGUUUGGACCCUUGUAUUAAUUAUCUCUGCUUAUGUUUUCAGGUAAAUUUAUACAUGAUUUUAGGCGUUUAACACCUGAUUAGAUUAGAGCUGUUUUUAAAAUGUGAUUUGUGUCCAGAAAACAUCCUGUUGUAAUUAAUGAAUAAGCUUCUCACCUCCAUAAGCAUAAUAAAAAUGUUAUUUUCAUGGGUUGGCUGACAAGUUGAUUUGUGGUUGGUAUCACCCAACAGCCACCCAGCUUUAAGCCCAAAAAGUGCCAGCAGUGUGACCCCGGAGACAGCUCUGUCCACUGGGUCCACAGGUCCGAAGGUCCGUCCUCAUACUGCUUUUACAGCAGUCCUUCCAUCUCUUCACUCGUUGAAUUAUUUUUUGUAAAACACCUGUCCAAAAUGCUUUAUUUCUGCAUGCUACUGUGUAAAUCCUUCUGAUUUGUUGUCCUUUGUGAAGAUAUCAGGGUACUUAAUGUUUGCUAUUGGUGUUUGCGUCUCUUGUCCGACUGUUUCAGAACUAGACAUUUUUGCAGUUGAGGUGUUUUUCAAGCAGUUCUGUUUGGUGCUAUUUCACUGCCGUGAGUAACAAUGUGCACAUUUCAGCCAAAGAGAAUUCACAACUGUUUUUAAUGCAUUUCAACAAACAUUAGGGACAUAGGUAAGAAACCAUUCUGUGUCUGACUGAAGAUCACAACUGCCAAAUGCACUUCUGAUUGUGAAUGUCAGAUUUUAGUCCUGCAAGGCUCUCAGGUGUUCUAAUGAAGGGGAUAUUUUUUAUUUUAAAGUAUUUAUCUUUUUGUUCUCACUUGCCACAUGUGUAUCAGGUAACUGAAGAUGUAUUAUUGCAUUUACUGAUGUAAAGUGUCUUUUUUUCUUUAUACAGAAAUGUAUUUCUUUAUUUUACAUGCAACUAUUUAAUUGACCUUUUAUUGUGAAUGUACAUAAGCCUUUGCCUUGAAUGAUGAGUAUUGCCUCAUAAUAAACCAUCUGGCAGUAUA